GGCCGCGCUCCCUGCCCCCACGCGAGGAGGUGACUCCAUCAGGAGGCUGUUUAAGAGCAGCCAGCGGCGCGGAGUUUAGUUGUAGAAGUUUCUGGUGAUCAGGGACUAGCGUCCAGGGAUCUGGUGAUCGGGAGAAGAUCAGGUGGCAUCAGGAACCCGUCAUCUGCAAUGUCCCUGAGUGGGGGCCAAGGUGUGGAGAUAGGAGGGUCUGUUGCCCAUACAAUGGCCACGCUCUGGCGUGGAGUGUAACGAGUGGAUACGAUGACGAGGACGGAUUGACCCUCAUUUGCUAAGUUUUAACGUCCACUGAGUUGAUGGGUCCAGUUCCUCUGGUCCAACAGACAACGUCUCUCGGUCCCUUUCUCGUGGUUGAUGCUCAAUGCAGCUCCAGCUCAGGCCUCCUGGGACUGUCAGUGGCCGGCGACGUGGCCGGGGUAGAUGUGCCUGGACCAGCGGAGGGUGUCACACGAGCCGUGCGUAGCAUCGACCAAUCCCACAGGUCCACAGCACACGCUUGUGGCAGGGCUCCGAGGCGCCCGGGGCUCCGACAAUCAGGGCGUCCAUCUGCACCUCGCUUGCAGGGCGUCGGCCGGGGGGCACGUACUUUUCCAGCUCACGAGCCAGGGCUUCGUGAAAGGCCGGGGUCCUGUUCUCAAAGGAGACUGCGACGUCAACAAGGAAGAUUUUUUUCCUGGGCCUCGUUAGUGUCGCCGACAUCGGGUGGCAGCUGGCUGUCGGUACCGGGCCUGGUGUGGUUCAGGCCCAGCUGGAGUUUGGCCACCCCCCCCCCCCGCACCAUGAACGCGGCAGGGCGGGAACACACCGGCCUGGGCGAGGAGCCCGCGUCCCUGCGGCAGCAGAAGCUGGAGCUGCAGCGCCGCCUCUUUGAGAAGAAGCAGCGUCGGAAGCGCCAGGAGCCGCUCAUGGUCCAGGCCAACCCCGACGCCAAGGUGACAGGCCGCCGGGGCCGCCGGCCUGAGGAGCGCACCCCCCUGAUGGAGUCCUGCAGUGACCACAGCCUCUGCAACGGAACCAGCAACCCCUUCCUGGUGGAGUCGGUCCCGGAGGCCCAUCGCCCCGCUGACGCCUGGGGCAGCUCCGUGCACCUGAACAGGGGCCCGCGAGCCGGGGGGGAGGCCGCAGGUGCGUCCGACGCGGAGCUGGAAGAGGCCGUCCUGGAGGACACACGGCCCGUCAACAAGGCCAUGGCGGCGCCCAGCUCCAGGCGCAAGGGCUGGCCGGCCCGGCGGAGCGGGGGACUGAGGUGCUGCUGUUUCCGUUUCCCAGGUGUGGACGAAACCACCUCGGCGAUCCUGAACUACGCGGGCAAGCGCCAGGCUGUGCUGUCCUGCACCAUGCGUAUCGAGCUCCCCAACCAGGCCCGGAUCUGCGGCACCAAGGGCUCCAUCGAGCUCCCUGCCCCCUGGUACGCCCCUACCACCCUGAUCGUGAACAACCAGCGCCACGAGUGCCCCCUGCCGCCCCCCGCCCAGCCCCUCAACUUCUCUAAUGGCACCGGCAUGCGGUACGAGGCCCAGCACGUGCGCCAGUGUCUGCUGCAAGGCCUGAAGGAGAGCCCCAUCAUGAGCUUGGCCGAGAGUGAGCUGGUGGCCUCCAUCGUGGACGAGCUGCGACGGCAGCUGGGGGUGAUCUACGCCGAGGACCACCAGGGCUGAGCGGGUCGGCAUCAAUAAACGGGACCCUGCCUAGCUGUGCUGUGAUUCCUUGAGGACAGAGCUGGGGGGAGGGGAGCGCAGGACACCUGGGUUCUUCCCCAAGAACACACAUUGAUCUCAGAGCCCUCCCCACAGCACCAUCCAAGCAACCCCACCCCCCAAAGUGGGGGGGAGGUCCCAGCUGAGAUCAAGGCACCCUAAUUUGGGCAAACACCCUCUCCCACCCCUUGUGGGUGUAGCUACUCCCAGAGGACAGGGGAGGGGAACACACCCUCUAACUUCACAAUGUUGCCAUACUUGCACCCCACCAGCAGGAGGCGAUGCCCUCCCGCAACAUAGCCCCUCCUGAAGUCCAUUCGUAGAAGCCUGCAGCUGAGUCUGGGGGCACGAAGCUCCCUCAGGGGGCUCCCCCUCUGCAUGGCCUGGGCCCCUCCUAAAUCCUAAUGCCCCCAUGCUGGGGGCAGAGCCAUUACCGCAAGGAGGAAGGGAAAAAACCUGCCUCCAGGCAGCAGCCUAGCUCUGGGGUCACUGAAUCCAGGCUGAGCUCACAGGCUGGGGGACAAGCGGGGGAAGCAGCGGCUGAAGGGGGACAGGGGGUAUUGAGAAUCAGCCGCCCCCGAGCCCCCCCCCGCCAGGCUAACAGAAUUGGUGAGUGGGAGCAGAGGGGUAGGGGGAGCUCUGGGCCUGGCCCCAGGGCAACGCUGCAGGAUUCCCCCCCAGCCGGGGUUAGCCACACAAGGGGGCGGAUAGAUCGUGGAGGGGCCAGGGAAGAGCCCCAAGGACGAGUCGAGGAUCAGAGAAGCUGCCCACACACGAGAGGCACCAGUGGGGAGCUGAGCCCACAGAUGGGGGACUUGAGCCCCGGCUCUAGGCACUUUGAGAACAGGGCACAUAGACUAGGCCUGAGAUUUCCACAGGGCGGCCAUGACAAAACCCCCUGGCCUGCCAGAUCCACCAAGCAAGGCAAGAAAAAUUCCCCCCCCCCCCACCGGGGGGGGGGAGAGGAGAUUAACCCUUGGAGGUGCCCCCCCCCCAGGAGUGGGGUGGAUUCUCCGUCCCAGGCAAACAGGACUGAAGCCAGGGCAGCCCCAGGAGGUCAGAUGAGGGGCAGAGCCGCCCCUUCCCUCCUAAGGAUUUACAAAGGGAAGCGGCCCAGAGCCACUGGAUUAACCGCGGUGUCCUCUGCAGGCUGCUGGCGAGAGGUGGGGAGGGGUUCGGCCGGGGCGCCCCGCAAAGAACUCAAGGCAUUUCUCCUCGGGGGCAGCGCCCACUGCUGCGGAGCGAAGGCCCCACGGGGGAGGCGCCCGUGAAGCGCUCUAAAGCCCGCAGUGACCCGGGCUGCGCAAUGGGAACUGGGGCAGCCCUCGGAGAAAAGCCGCCGAGACGCGGCCCCCACACAAAGCAGAGCCACUGCCAGCAAAGCGGAGGGGGGAGCCGGGUAACGACGGGAGGGGAGAAACCACCGGCACCGAACGGGCGAGAGUGCCGGCAGCUGGAAGCCAGAGCAAGGUCUGAAUUGCUAACAGCGCCGGGGAGCUGCCAUCAGCUCUGCCGCCCACACGGUGGAUUUGCAGCCGAGGGGCGCGAAGCCGCGGGUUCGUUCUCUGCCCCGUGCGCCGCAGGACGGGGAUUUCAGCGGCCCGGUUGGCCUAGCCAAGCCCC